AACUGCAGCAAACUUGUCAUGCAUGGUUUUCGCUUCAACAGGAUGCAAUUUUAAUGGUUCUAUAAGAAGAUCGAUGACCUGCAAUAAACAACACCCAAAUAAAAUCUCUAUACAUAAUUUUGCAACCAGUGAAGUACUGAACCAAAGGAGAAGAAAUGAAGCACAAAUCAAAGAGAAAUGAAAAGGUAGUAACUGAAUUAAACACCUUUCACCCUCCCCUCGUUACCCUUCUACUCAGCAAAUAUACCUCACCUUUGAUGAAAAACACUCGUUCCAAUAAGUAUAGGGUAAACUGUUGUUAAGCUUUCCUGUUCUAGAUAAG